AUGCCGACUAGCCCCACCCCACCACCGCCGGCCGCAACACAUGUACCAGGCUUUGCAGACAACCGGGUGUUUGUGCAGCGUCAGAGCACCGCCAACACCGCUGCGACCACGGCCACCAGCAACGAUGAUGGGGCAGAGCAGGCGAGAGCUGUGAGUGGUGUUCAGGGUCCUGUUGGGGCUGUUGAGAUGGAGGUGACAGACGGACGCGAAGCGGGACGUCGCCAACACACACGCAGACAGUGGAGGUUCUUGCUGGCGCGGCUGCCGUUUGGCGUUCGCAGCAACGCCGUGAGCUUUGCGCCGGUACAGCAGCCGGCAGCGGAGGAGGGGCAGUUGGAAGAGGGGCGCGCAAACGGGACGCAGCCAGCACAGGCGGCGGCAGCAGCACAACAACAACAACAACAACAACAACAACAGUCGAUGGACAUGGACGUCUGUGAAGAAAGAGUGGAUGUGAUGCGCUCACACAUGUUCGGCGGCAGGUUUGGUCGCAUGCUGCAUCGCGACUUCACGCCCGCGGAGCAGUCGGCACUGAAUCACUUUCCGACACUGAAGCGGGAGAUGAGCAUGUACUUGGAGCUGUACAAGAAGAACGGCAACCAAUACCAUGACGGCAUUGCGCGCCUGGUUGCCGUGUCCCUUUCGCCGCCAGCCCUUGUCUUCUACCGCUUGAACGGCAACUGCGUGAGAUACCUACACGAUCACAUCUUGAGCAGCAAGAACGGGAAGGAGCGCGUGCGCAUGAAGCUUGCCUUUUUCAAAGGGGUUGCCCGGGCCCUGACGUUUAUCCACAAGUGUAACAUUGUGCACCGUGAUCUGUGCGCUGACAACAUUCUUGUGGACGAUUCUGGUGCACCCGUCAUCACCGACUUUGGCCUGGCACAAGAGCUCGCAGCCGGCGUGACGAAAAAAAUGCCCGCCACCUGCCGCCUCCAUGUGGUGAAGCGAGUUGGUCGCGGGUCUGAGAGCGACACAGCAAAUGGAGCCGGGGCACAUGGUGCACUACACUUUGACACAGACGCCGACAAGUAUGCACGCCGCCCAGCAAACGCCUGGUUCGCCCAGGUCGUCGGGAACCGGUUUCCAGCGCGGAAGAACGCGAGCGAGCCGAGUUUGCGGCGGGCAGCGAUUCUACUCAUCAUCGGCGUCAUCUUCCUCUUCACCGUCAUCCACUUGCUGACGAAGGUGCACGUGUCCUCGGACGACGAUCCACUGCUCAACCCAAUGAUGAAUCCCAACAUCCAAACAGAAGACAGUCGCUGA